GAUAAGCUAGAUACAGAGUCCAGAGUUCAGACAACAUAUAUAGCAGCGGCGGCGACGGCACCAUGCGCGCUCAGGCGAGCGUCCUGCACCGAGUCGCCCUCGCCACCACCGGGCCAGGCCAGACGUCGUCGUCUCCGGUGAGCAUGACGGCCACGGAGCAGCAGCAGCCGGUGCCUGUCAUAACAGUGAACUCGGACAUGGUGGUCAUCCUGGCGUCGCUCUUGUCCGCGCUCGUCCUCGCCCUCGGCAUCGCCCUCGUCACCCACUGCGCAUGCAGACGCCGGCGCUCCGCCAACUCUCCUCCUCCCACCAGGGGGCUGAAGAAAAAGGACAUCGAUGCUCUCCCCACCGUCUCCUUCGCUGCCGCGGCUCCAGCGCAGUCAUCGUCUUCGUCGUCGUCAGAGUGCGCGAUCUGCCUGGCAGAGUUCACGGAGGGGGAGGGACUGCGCGUGCUCCCGCAGUGCGGCCACGGCUUCCAUGUCGCAUGCGUCGACGCCUGGCUACGGAGCUGCGCCACAUGCCCCUCCUGCCGCGCCCCCAUCGUUGCCACGCCCACUGUGGUGGUCGUAGUGGCCGCGAACAACAGGUGCCAGAGGUGCGGCGAGGCGGCAGCGCGGAACGGUGGCGUCGAGGACAUGUCCUUACCCCCAUUUUCUUCAUUCUCUGCUUUUUAGCUUGCCUGGCUGUCGACCCAAUGUGUCUUGACAUGUUAAUUUUGCAAUGUAAAACUUGUGUUUACUUGA